CACACAAAUUAUUAUAUUACAUAUAUCUUCUAUAUAUAUAUAUAUUCAAAACAACUUCAUAAUUUACUUCUUGUUCUUCAGAUCUCAAAGACAACCAAAUUAAACAUAUUUAUUUUUUUACACACAUACAGUAAGUGUGUGUGAAAAAAUGGCAAGAGGAAAGAUUCAGAUCAAGAAAAUAGAGAACUCAACAAACAGGCAGGUGACAUAUUCAAAACGAAGAAAUGGGUUGUUUAAGAAAGCAAGUGAGCUAAGUGUGCUGUGUGAUGCUAAAGUUUCAAUCAUCAUGGUUUCUUGUACUGAUAAGCUUCAUGAGUACACAAGUCCUAACAUCACGACUAAGCAGUUUUUUGAUCAGUAUCAGAAGGCUUCUGGAAUUGAUCUUUGGAAUUCUCAUUAUGAGAAAAUGCAAGAGGAACUGAGGCAGCUUAAGGAAGUGAACAAAAAUCUAACAAUGCAAAUUAGGCAAAGGCUUGGUGAUUGCUUGGAAGAUUCAGGUUUCGAAGAAUUGCUUGAACUUGAGAGGGAGUCACAAGAUGCCGUAACUGUCAUACGUGAACGCAAGCUCAAAGUGAUUGAUAAUAAGCUGCAGACUUCCAAGAAGAAGGUGAGAAGUGCUGAAGAUGUUUACAAAAAGCUGAUGCAUGAAUUUGAUAUAAGAGGGGAAGAUCCACAAUAUGGGAUGAUAGAAGAUGCAAGAGAGUAUGAAGCCGUGUAUGGAUACCCGUCACAUAUUGCUGCGCCACGCAUCCUCACUCUACGACUGCAACCUAACCACCCUGAUCAUCUUCAUGCUGCUGCUGCAUCAGACCUCACCACCUAUUCCUUGCUUGGCUAGCUAGGAAGCUCGUAUUCUUAUAAAAGGUUUAAUUUGUAAGAACAUUAGUUAGUUAGGUAUCUAAAUGUUUUCAAUCUCUACCUGAAACGAGUCGUGACUGUUAAUUUGUCUACUUAAGUACUUAACUAACUGCUAGUGUUUCUGU